CACAGCUCACAACACGCAGGGCAGGUUAAAGGGAAAAAUCAUGAAGACUGUACUGUUGGUCUCCGCGCUGGGCCUCUGGGCAGGGGUCACUUCCCAGUGCCUCUCCAGGAAUGACAACCAGGUUCCUCCCAGCCAGCCAGACCUCGACCACAUCCUGCCCUUCAGCGUCGGCCUCUUCAAGGAACUCGUGUCCUCGUCGGGCAACUUCUUCUUCUCGCCCUACAGCAUCUGGACCGCCCUCGUUCUCACCUAUUUCGGCGCCGAGACCAACACGAAGGCCCAAAUGGAGCAGGUACUUCAACUGACGAACAAAGAGGAGACUCUCGCGUUGUACCGAGCUUUGAAUGAGGGAUCGCAUGAAAACAACGAAAACUACACUCUCAACACUGCUAACAGAAUCUUCGUCGAGGAAGACUCCGGGAUCCGCCCUUGCAUACAACAGGUCCUGCCACGAGAGUUGCAGCGACUGAACUUUAGACAGCCUGCCGUGGCCGCUGAGUUCAUCAACUCCUUCGUCAAGAACGCCACGAAUGGGAAAAUCAAACAGGUAGUGAAUGCGGCCUUGUUCAGCAAGGUAAAAAUGCUGAUUGUCAACGCCAUCUACUUCAAGGGCCUGUGGGAGCACCAGUUCAGAAUAGCAGACACCUUCAAGGAUGAGUUUUUCACUACCCCAACGCAAGUGUCUAUGGUCGAUAUGAUGACACAACGGGCCUAUUUCAGGAACGGCGUCUCGAAGGAGCUGGACGCCGACGUGGUGGAGCUGCCGUACCGCGGAGGCGCCGCGUCGCUGGUAGUGCUCCUUCCGCGGAACAAACGGACAGGAGACGAGCUCGACCGGAUGCUCCAGCGCCUCACCCCCGCCGCCCUCGCCUCCGCCGUCAGGAAUUUAGAAAUCCGUGAAAUAAUUCUAACCCUGCCUAAGUUCAAAUUCGAGAAGGGUCUCUCGUCUGAGCUCAAAGAGGCUCUAAUGCGCAUGGGGAUCCGUGAUUUGUUCAACGCCGAGGCCGACCUCUCGUCCUUUGGCAAAUCCCUCUUCGCGUCCGACGUCGCUCACAAGGCCGUGAUAGAGGUCAACGAGGAAGGGUCAGAGGCCGCGGCAGCCACGGUAGUGCUGCUCGACAUCCGCGUCUCCCCGCCAAUGAUCUACUGUAACAGGCCGUUCUUGUUCUUCAUUCGAGACAAUGUUGUGAACAAUAUCCUGUUCAUGGGGGUUUUCAGGGAACCUCAGCCGUAAGUGCUCUGGUGGCCUUACAGAUGCCUUGUGUGUGUGUGUGUUUAUGCGCACGUAUUCCAAUAUAUGAAUGUUUGUAAACGACCUGUUUUAUUUUCCGUACUGAAAACAUUUUUUGUGUGAAAAUACUCUUUGUUGCCUAAUUGUUUUGUGAUCUAUUGCAGAGGUUCCCACCCUUUCUACACUAGCUUCCCCUUUCGUAACCUUCCCGCCAUCAACCGUUCUGUUUAUAUUUUUCUAUAGCCACGUAUUUCUAGACUAAGGAAAGGAAUAUCCAGCACUCUGUUGAACCUUUGUUCACAAUAAUCCCUGAAGACAUAGCUUCAUCAUAUAUUUUUUAUAUGGACACUAACGACCACCUCGAAAAGUAGCCAACAUUCUUCUUGUGCGUGUAUGGAAGAAAAUAUGACAAAAUGUCGAGUGUGUAAAACUUACAUUUGUCAUUUGAGGGUUUCAUAGUCAAUAAUGUUUUUGAUAACGUAUAAACAGUAAAAAUCAUAAACUGUGUUUGUUUAGAGAAAACAUCCUAUAGAUGAUUGCCUAUCUGUUAUGCAGAAUGUGAUUUUUAAGCUCAAGUGUAUUUUUACUUUCCUUACAAUUUGUAACCACGUUCUCUCAUGCAAUCUUUUUGUAUAUACACUUAAGAAGUCAGUAUUUAUGUAACGAGUUCAGCAGUAAACUCGAAAUUGGGUGACUGCUAAAUUAGGAAUGGUGUCUGUGUUAGUGUCUAGUUAUGUAUUGAUAGUUGAUCCAGAUUUUGUUUUUUCUAUUUGCAUGUUAUUUUUCACAUGUUUCCAUGAUUUGCAUAUUAAAUAUUUUUUCCUGA